AUGAGUACAAAAUUGAUUAAAAAUCUACUAAUAAUAUGCAUUGCUUCGAGCAAUUGUUGUAAUGCACAAAUAAAAUGGGGAGAAUUGCCGGAAUGUGGAGGAGAGGAUAAUCCGAAGGGCCAAUUUGAAUCAACGCUUUUUGCGUUUUUCAUAAAUCGUAAUUGUGAUCCGCCGAUGGUGAGUUGAAAUUUCUAGAAAAACGUGAUAAAUCUGCUAUUUAGCUGCGAAAAAUGGCCUAUAUUCUGAAGGAAAUCACAUGUUUUAUCGAGGAUUUGCAAAAUUUCCGAGGCUUGGUGGCUGAUACGUCAAGUGGCAUUCUUUUGACGCACGCUAGAGAAGUUCCCAUUAAGAAGCUUCAUUACAAUCUUUUCAAAAACAUGGAUAAAAGUCCUGGAUUCCUCUCUCGUUGCGAGCACAGAUUUCGUGAAGCUUUCAAAUAUAGUUUAAUCGAUAAACUCAAAAACAAACUCGAUUAUUACGAAAACAUUCAAAUUAUCAUUGUGAACACACCUCAGAGUCACAAUUGUGAUAUUCAAAAAGAAUUCAAGAAUUUCACAUUGCAAUAUGCGCCAAAGAUGAUGAAUGCGAAAUUGAAAGUGUUCAAGCUUAUAGAGAAAAAUGACAGAAUCUGUUUGAAAAUCAGAAAAUCGUGUAUAGACUUUGAUGUUGAUGGUAGGUGAAACCCCAUUUGUCAGAUUCAGAUAAACCAUAUAUUUAAUUCCAGAUGUUCAGAAUGAUGACAUCAAACAGUAUAUCAAAAGUAGAACACUCGAUUUUUACAAGCCGAAGGUCAAAUCAAUAACAUCCAAACCUGAAGUUUCGAGCACUACUAAAAUCAUCGAAACCUCUACUGGAACUUCUACUUCUACAGGAACAACAGAGAAAAUUAUUGUUCCGGUAACAACGAUAAAACCAGAAAUACAAAAAACAUCAGCGGAACCUUCAACAGCAACAACGAAAGUUGCUGAACCGACUGAAUCAACUACCACGAAGCCUGUUGAAACUUCAGAAACGCCAUCAAGCCCUCAAACAACGACUGAAAGUCCACAAACAACAGAAAAAGUUGCGGAACCGACAACAACAACGAAGCCUGAAACAUCUGAAGUGCCAGCAGACCCUCAAACUUCUACUGAAAAUCCGCCAACAACAGAAAAAGUUGCUGAAACGACAACAACAAUGAAGCCUUCUGAAACAUCUGAACUACCAGCAGACCCUCAAACUUCUACUGAAAGUCCGCCAACAACAGAACAAGUUGCUGAAACGACAACAACAAUGAAGCCUGAUGAAACAUCUGAACUACCAGCAGACCCUCAAACUUCUACUGAAAAUCCCUCGGAAUUAUCAGAUCCAUCAGACUCAUCUGAUUAUUCUGAUGACGUCAUUUCUGAAUCCUCCGAGUCUCCCAACCCUGAAUCAAAUUCGAUGCUCUACUCUCUUAUUCUACUCGUCAUUCUUCUAUUAAUUGCAGUUGGACUAACUAUAUAUAUUUCAGUGAGGGUUAGAAAAUUAAAGCGAAAAAUCACCAUUGAAACUAGGCAAAUGUUAUCAAGAGCUGAGUUGCCUGUUGAAAUUCAAAAUAAUUUGAAGGAUUCAAACAAGAAGGAGCAGAGUAGAAAACAAGUUUUGGUUCAAUAA